AUGGAAACAGCGUUCGAAGAAGGAAAACGAUUAGCACGACAGUACAGAGGCAGUCAUAAAGCCUUGACUGUAAAAACAAUGUUAGAUCAAUUAAUUAUUCAACCAAGACCACCAUCACCUCCACCAUGCUCGUUAGGAAAUGUCUUAACUGCUGAAGACAUGUCGGACACACUAACUCGAAUCGCUUCUGUUCAUUAUGAACGUCGUGAAUUUGACUUGGCUUUAGCCUACCAUACUUCUGCACUUCAACUAUGUGAAUCAGUUAAUCCAUUAAAUUUGGCUUCGAUUGCCACUAAUCUAGUCGGUAUUGCCAACGCUCAUCGAGCUAAAAACGAACUUUCAGAAGCACUUGAUUAUGCCAAACGAGCAUUGACUAUACGUGAAUCGAUUGAACCUAUUGACGAAGCUAGUGUUGGCAAAAGUUUAGGGACACUUGCCAAUAUUUAUCUUGAAUUGGGUGACAAUACUGAGGCAUUACAAGCCGGAAUGCGUGCAUUUGAUAUUUUUCAGCGUAUUCUUCCAAGUAACUCACCUGAAUCAGCUGGUUUACUCAAUAAUUUGGGUGCAAUUAAGCUAAGGCAAGGUGAUAUAGCUGAAGCUCAACAAUAUUUUGAACAAUCGAUUCGUAUUUAUCGGCAAAUACUUCCUGAAUCACAUCCAUAUAUCGCUAAAUUGAAGAACAACAUUGAAUUUGUCAGUCGAAUGCAGCAAACAGAGCUCGAAAACUAA